AUGGCGGCUAACGCCCCCGGGGCUCGGUUUAUGUUUGUCGAAUACUCGAAGCCUGUCGAACCGGCCAAGGGCCAGAAGAAGCGACGUGGCGGUCCUAGUGAAGUGCGCGCGCAUAUCACCAAAAACUACCAUCGAGCACUGAGAGUCAAGCGCCUUGAGGCUCUCAAGAAGGGACAAGACGGUGGCUUCGUCGGGAAAUCGAAACUGGAACCUCGGGAGGACCCGAGGCGGGAUACGAGGCCGGGGGAAGAUGGCGAUGGUGAAGAGCACGGAGAGACAGAGGACGGAGAUGGACUGUCCCCGCGCAAACCAUCUUGCUCGCCUUCCGUGGAUGAGGAUCACAAGGACCUCACGCUCCAGCUCAAAAGCGCCCAGGCCCUUCGAUCCAUCCUCGGCGAGGGUCGAAUCGACCCGUUCGAUACCUACCCCGUUGGGGGCGUGCCCCUUUUCAUUCAUCAAGUUCUCGACCACGCCUUGUCGUACUCUUGGCCCAACACUGUCCCGGUAAAACGCUCUCUUUCCAGCACGAACCCCGUCAAAUCAGCCUGGUUGAAGUGCGGUAUGGAGCAUCCCGUCGCAUUCCACGCCUUUGUCUACGCGGCAUCGUACCACGUCCUCUGCGCCUACAACGGGCGGGAGAUCAACGAAUCGGCUCCGCUCCUACGCCUGUCGCACAAGGUCGAGACAAUCAAGCUAGUCAAUGAGCAUCUACGGUCUCUCAGUCUCUCCUCCUCCUCCCCCUCCUCCGCCAACAAGAAAAAGGGACGAGAUCACGAGACGUUGAAAGAAAACGAAAUGGGAAGUGGAGCUACCACGACAGUACCCACCGACGCGCUGAUCAUGGCCGUGACCAUCAUGAGCAUUCAUAACACCAGGGACGAGACAGAAUAUCCUAAAGUUCAUCCGACAUCUCCCAUGGCCAAGGUUAACAACAUCCACGUCUACGGCGCCAUGGUCAAUGACGAAAAGCAUAUCCAGGGCAUUUUGCUAUUGAUCAGGCAGAAAGGAGGGCUCGAUGGGAUCGAGCUGUAUGGAAUGGCCGAUACAAUGCAAUUGUGUGAUCUGUAUUUUGCUUCAAAAUAUGCAUGCAGACCGAGCUUCCCAUGGCGCCGUCCCGUCAAGUCACUCGUCUCCACGGGAAAACAUUUGCUCGACCCCGUGGCAAUUGACUUGGAUUCUGAACUUGGCGCCGGGUUUCGGUACCUCCGUCAAAGUCCUGCCGGCCAGAAAUUACUCGAGAUUUUGGAUGCGUACUCCGAAGUGACGGUGGCCUUAGAUCACCAUGUCCGUGGUGGUCCCACCGCCCCAGAGCUCGUGGAGCUCUCCGAAGCCCGCAACUACGCACAGCAUCGACUCCUAUCUCAAAUGCCAUACCAAUUGGAUUUGUCGAGUCCCGAGCUGUGUGUCCAUCAUGCUGUACGAUUAGGGACACUGACUUUCAGCGAGAUGGUUAUCUUCCCCCUACCUCCUCAGCAGAGAGUGAAACCUAGGCUUGCUCUGAUGCUGCAACAGACUCUCGAGGCCUGCACCCUUCUUGGCUGUUGGGAUUUGCACGGUCAAGUCUUACUGUGGUCUCUCACGCUGGGCGCCAUCGUAUCGAACUUCACACCCCAACGACCUUGGUAUAUUGAGCAGCUCGCACAGCAGAUCUUACUCCUCCAGAUUCAAGACUCGUCCAUCCUGGAAUUGAUUUGCUCCAGGUUCUUGUGGUGGAAGCCGGUUUGCAGUGAGCCGCUUCGAUGGCUAUGGGAUGAGAUGUUCCCACCAAGCACAAUUGAAGCCACCUGA